AUACUUAGUAACGUUACUUCUUUUUUAAUUUGUAGGGGACAAAAGCAUUCAGAUGGCAGAUAACAGUUUUUCAGAUGGGGUUCCUUCAGAUUCCUUGGAAGCUGCUAAAAAUGCAAGUAAUACAGAAAAGCUCACAGAUCAAGUGAUGCAGAAUCCACAAGUUCUGGCAGCUUUACAGGAACGACUUGACAGUGUCUCCCACACUCCUUCGAGCUACAUCGAGACUUUACCUAAGGCAGUAAAAAGAAGGAUCAAUGCGUUGAAACAGCUGCAGGUGAAAUGUGCUCACAUAGAAGCCAAGUUCUACGAAGAGGUCCACGACUUGGAGAGGAAGUACGCAGCCUUAUACCAGCCUCUCUUUGACAAGAGAAGGGAGUUCGUCACCGGUGAUGCUGAGCCCACAGACGCAGAGUCCGAGUGGCACAGUGAGAAUGAAGAGGAGGACAAGCUGGCUGGGGACAUGAAAAACAAAGUAGUCAUAGCAGAAAAAGAAGCAGCAGCAGCAGCAGAAGAGCCAAACCCUAGAGGAAUCCCGGAGUUCUGGUUCACCAUCUUCAGGAAUGUCGACAUGCUCAGUGAGCUCGUCCAGGAGUAUGAUGAGCCGAUCUUGAAACACCUGCAGGAUAUCAAGGUGAAGUUCUCAGAGCCUGGACAGCCUAUGUCUUUUGUAUUAGAGUUCCACUUCGAACCCAAUGACUACUUUACCAAUUCAGUCCUGACAAAAACAUACAAGAUGAAGUCAGAGCCGGACAAGGCCGACCCCUUUUCCUUUGAAGGGCCUGAGAUUGUGGACUGUGACGGGUGCACUAUUGACUGGAAGAAGGGGAAGAACGUGACAGUCAAAACCAUCAAGAAAAAGCAGAAACACAAGGGUCGAGGCACCGUCAGAACAAUCACCAAACAAGUCCCCAACGAUUCUUUUUUCAACUUCUUCAGUCCUCUGAAAGCAUCAGGAGACGGAGAGUCCCUGGAUGAAGAUUCCGAAUUCACAUUAGCCUCCGACUUUGAGAUCGGACACUUCUUUCGCGAGCGGAUAGUCCCUCGAGCUGUGCUCUACUUCACCGGGGAGGCCGUAGAGGAUGAUGACAAUUUUGAAGAAGGUGAGGAAGGAGAAGAGGAGGAGUUAGAAGGUGAUGAGGAGGGAGAAGAUGAGGACGACGCCGAAAUCAACCCCAAGAAAGAGCCCAGCCAGCCCUCCGAGUGCAAACAGCAGUGAGACGCCCCGCGGGUGUGGCCGCCGCACGUCGUCAGCUCUGCGCCGACCCGCGACCUGACAGUGCUCAGCUCUAACUCGCUUCCAAGUGCAUGGUUUUCACUUAACUUCUCCUUUUACUUUAUUAUUUUGCUUAACCUGUACAGUGGUAACUCAGAUGCAUUUCAGAAAUAGGAGGUUUAAUUCUAGCACCCUCUACCGCCUUGGGCGCAGCUCAGUGGACCUGCCAGGCCCCGCCGGGGGUGGGGGGUGGCACAGACCACACAGGGUAGACGCCAGGGGCACGUGUCCGGGGAUGUGGUUCCAGGGCCUCUGGAGCCGGUUACCCCUCUCCCGCCAUCGGGCCGGACUCUUGUUUCAUUUGAAGGACCCACACGCCGUUUUCCCGCCAUGCCAACUGUCGGGGGAGCCGGCGGAGUGGCGCUCUCCUCUCACUGUCCUUUCCUGGGCUUCGCUUUUCUCGGGCGGGCCUGGGGUUGUGGCGCCCACUGACCCUGAGGCACGAGCUCUUGUGGUUCAUCUCGUAUUUAUUUACCCUUUCACGCUGGUGAGGGCUUGGGACGCACGCUGUCGCUUGUGCUUAGAGUUUCUGAAACCAGGUUUGCGACUGGAGACCUGGUGCCCUGCGCGGGAAGUGGUCCGGCUCCUACGGGACGAGGCCUGCAUGGAGGAAGCUGCCGGCAGCAGGAGCCGGUCCCCACGACACGCGGGCCAUAGGGCAGAGCCGGGAUCUGCCAGUCCUUGUGGUGCGGGGCUCGGGCUGGGGAGGAGAGCCUUUCCGUUCAGUGUGUAAAUGUUCUGCUUUCUCAGCAGCUCCCAUUUCUUGGCCCCACGUUCAUCUUGUCUUAAAAGCCCUGGGUUGGGAGCGACCUGUUCUUGGCUGGCGUGUGGGUUUCCAAGGGUGCGACUGCGGCCGCUGGCAGCAGGGGGCGCUGUGUCCACGCUGUGGCCAGGCCUGUAGGGUGCUGAGCCUUACUUACCACACAUUUGUAACUGAAUACAGUGUUUUCAAUUUGUACAGAAUAGUUAGAAUAUUCUAUUAAAGUUGUGAAACAUGAA